UGUAUUUAUGUUUUGUGGCACCGCCAUGUAAUAAUUAUCACCCUCUCUCUCUCUCUCUUCAUCUUCCAUUGGAACUAGAGGAGUUACUAAUGGCGGCCGUGUCACCGUGGCAAUCACCCGUACGGAACCAGAAGCUGAACUCACUUUUGAAACUGGAUUUGGGGCAUGGGUUUUACAGAAGCUUGGAUUUUGGAUAUUUGAGGCCAACCCAAUCGAGGACUUUUGAAUGCAAGAAACUGGUGGUCUCUGCUGCUAGCAACGACAAUGCAGCGUCUCUGAGCGAGUCCACAGCUACACUGACUCGGUCUAAGGUGAAACGCCAUACAAUUUCAGUGUUUGUUGGGGAUGAGAGUGGAAUAAUAAAUCGAAUUGCGGGGGUAUUUGCUAGAAGGGGUUACAACAUAGAGUCCCUUGCAGUUGGUUUGAACAAGGACAAGGCUCUCUUUACCAUAGUCGUCUCGGGUACCGAGAAGGUCUUGAGACAAGUCGUCGAACAGCUGAACAAGCUUGUGAAUGUCCUUAAGGUUGAAGAUAUCUCAAGAGAGUCACAAGUAGAACGUGAACUGAUGCUUAUAAAACUUAAUGCAGAACCCAACAGUCGUGCUGAGAUCAUGUGGUUGGUAGACGUCUUCAGGGCAAAAAUUGUUGAUACCUCCGAAGAUUCACUGACUAUUGAGGUCACUGGAGACCCUGGGAAGAUGGUUGCUGUUCAAAGAAACUUAAGCAAAUUUGGAAUCAAAGAACUUGCAAGAACUGGGAAGAUUGCAUUGCGACGAGAAAAGAUGGGUGAAAAGGCUCCAUUCUGGGGAUUCUGUGCAGCUUCCUAUCCAGAUCUUGAACAACCACCUCCUGCUAAUGUUCUCAUAGAGAAAGCGAGCCAAUCACUUGAUGGUGAUGCCAGUACAUCCUCGAGUGGUGAUGUUUAUCCGGUGGAGCCAUACAAUGACUUGUCAGUGAAACAAGUUCUUGAUGCUCAUUGGGGUGUUCUCUAUGAUGAAGAUUCAAGUGGGCUCAGGUCACACACGUUGUCUAUGCUUGUGAAUGACUGUCCUGGAGUUCUCAACAUAGUUACUGGGGUUAUUUCUCGAAGAGGUUAUAACAUUCAGAGUUUGGCCGUGGGUCCUGCUGAGAAAGAGGGGCUUUCCCGCAUCACGACUGUUGUUCCUGGGACUGAUGAGUCAAUUGGCAAGUUGGUUCAACAACUGAUUAAGUUAAUAGAUCUUUAUGAGGUUCGGGAUAUCACUCACUUGCCAUUUGCUGAGAGAGAGCUUAUGUUGAUUAAGAUUGCUGUGAAUACCGCUGCUAGGAGGGAUGUCCUUGAUAUUGCCAACAUUUUCCGGGCCAAAGCUGUUGAUGUUUCUGAUCAUACUGUUACCCUAGAGCUUACAGGUGAUUUUAACAAGAUGGUUGCACUACAGAAGUUGUUAGAGCCCUAUGGUAUUUGUGAGGUGGCACGGACGGGUAGGGUGGCAAUGGUUCGGGAGUCGGGGGUUGAUUCCACAUAUCUCCGUGGUUUCCCUCUUCCACUGUAAUGCUGAGUCAUUGAGUAGCUCUAACAAUGAUGGAGCAUGUUAAGUCUCUUGAAGGGCGUUUCCAUGCUGACUUUGAAGUGCAGAAAAUGUGGUGGCUGUCGUAACUUACACCUGUGUGCUCUUUGCACUUUAGAUCUUGUUUAUUUUUUCCUAAGCUUUUUGUCAGCUUUGUUUUUAACCGAAUUUAGAGAUAUACCAUCACGUCAAAACUUCUAAGAACUACUUAUGUUAAUGUAGCUGUUCAUUUUAUUCAA